GUGACCGUGACGCGCCGGAGGAUUAGCCCCAUUCUCCCUGCCAGGUAUCCCACAGCAGCUCGCCCAAAUGAACAUGUCAGCGUUGACUUUGCAAGAAUACGAAUUUGAGAAGCAGUUCAACGAGAAUGAAGCGAUUCAGUGGAUGCAAGAGAACUGGAAGAAGUCAUUCCUCUUCUCCGCUUUAUAUGCAGCCUUUAUAUUUGGUGGCCGGCACCUAAUGAAGCAGCGAGAAAAAUUUGAGUUAAGAAAGCCCCUCAUCCUGUGGUCGCUUAGUCUUGCAGUUUUCAGUAUUUUCGGUGCUGUUCGGACUGGCGCUUAUAUGCUGUACAUAUUGAUGACCAAAGGCCUGAAGCAGUCAGUAUGUGACCAGAGCUUCUAUUAUGGACCCGUAAGCAAAUUCUGGGCUUAUGCUUUUGUGCUGAGCAAAGCACCAGAACUGGGAGAUACAAUUUUCAUUAUCCUUAGAAAACAGAAGCUCAUCUUCCUUCACUGGUACCACCAUAUAACAGUAUUGCUGUAUUCCUGGUAUUCAUAUAAGGACAUGGUUGCAGGCGGUGGCUGGUUUAUGACCAUGAACUACGGAGUUCAUGCCGUCAUGUAUUCUUACUAUGCUCUCCGGGCAGCUGGCUUUAGAGUGUCACGGAAGUUUGCCAUGUUGAUCACAUUGUCACAGAUCACCCAAAUGAUUAUUGGCUGUGUGGUGAAUUAUCUGGUCUUUUCCUGGAUGCAGCAGGGACAGUGCCCAUCUCAUGUGCAAAACAUUGUAUGGUCUUCUAUUAUGUACCUUAGCUAUUUUGUGCUUUUUUGCCACUUCUUCUUUGAAGCCUAUAUCACCAAAACCAGGAAAGCUUCUAAGGCUGACUAAAGAUGGACUCCGAUGCCAAGUCACAGCUCAGGGUCACCAAUUGUUAAAAUACAAAAGUAAUAGAAGGUUAGGAUUGAGCAACUGUUCAGAGGCACAAAGAAAACUACAUCUCGAGCACUUAGACUGAGACCUCUUAAAGACAACAGACAGAAAACAGAUUGAUUUAGUAAAUGAGAUUACUAUUAAAAUGUGAUGAUGAUUCGUUGUGUUACAUAGUAUGUCAAGGGAACAAAAUGCAAGGAUGGACUGUGAUCUUAGACCAAGUAUCAGAUCUUUGGGAAAGCUUCACCUUGGGUGUAUUCCUAAGACCCCUAACUACUGACACGAGAGCAGUCAGAUUUAACACUUUGCAGUAUUUGAUUGGGGUUAAAACAAGACUGUGUGUCAUGGACUAGAAGUAACCCGGAUUACAGGAAAAAUGUGCGUUGAACAACGACCUUGAGGUUGCUUUCCCGUGAUAUGCGCAUCUACAGGUUUGGUUCCUUUCAAUAUGCAAAUCAAACCAGUUAGCCAAGGUGUUCACUACAGUAUUACCGCAAGACUCUUACUGUUCUACUUAUCUAUUAUUAUCUUUUAUACAGUGCCCAGUUGCAAUUGAAUUCAUGGCAGGUAUGGACCAAACAAAAUGUAAAGCCUCAUCAGUUGUUAAGGAUCUACCUUCAAGCCAAACUAAAGGUUGCACGUAAAGUUGAAAGGAAAUAACGUGGGUUUGCUUGUUGGAAUGUUUCACUCCAAGUGACAUGAAAAAGCCCAGUGUAUAUCUAUACAUCUAUAUAUUAUUAUAUAAAUCUUAAAGGCUAAUGUUUUCUAUUUUUGUGAACCGUUUCCUUAUCAGAUAACUACUGCAGGGCUGUUUGUGUGUGUGUGUGUAAGGGUUAACACUGUGCUUUCAUUUGUAUUUGCUUCUCAAGCAGUACAAUUCUAAUUAAAGUGCCCUCUCCUGGUACAAGUCGACAGUACAAUUCACCAUUCUACAAUUUCAUGGCAUUUUUUUUAAAGGGAGUAACAAAGAGGAUAUGGGACAUAUUUUUUGUGUAAUUAUUUGACACCGCAGUCUGAGACUCAUCCGAUUUCCAGCCAUCUGUACUUAUCUAUGUCCAUGGACUUUUUACCGGCUUAAGCAAAGAAUUCCAUAACCAGGUUUGAAUGAUAGAUCUCAAGUUGUUGCAAGCCAUAUUCUUUAAAAGACCGUAAUGUGUAUUGUCUGUAUAACCAACUCAAAAGAAGCCAAAUACAGUGUAAACAAAUUCCUAAUAUUUCAAGGAAGCACUUAAUGUAACUUGAUGUUAAAUGUUUUAAUGUAGUCUUAAUUGUAUUUAGAUAGGUUAAUAUAUUAGCAGAUUAGAAGAGAGGUAUUCUAACAGGGACAGUCAGAGUGCGGCUCUCCAACUGUUACUAAACUUCAACACCUAGGAUCCUCAGCCAGCCUUGGGAUUUGCUUAAAGACCACGGCUUUCCUGCAUCUGUGUUAGUGGCUGCCAUUGUUUGUAGAAAUACAGUAAUCAUACUGUAAAUCUGAAAUAUGUAGGAAACACGCAGUCAUCAUCUUAGAGCCCUGUGGUUGGUAGAAGCACAUUUUCUGGCUACUUAAGAAAAAAAAAAGUCAUUUGUGGAAACAUUUCCACGAAAGGGAUUAUUUUUUAGCUUUAAUGGUGCUGCAAUUCAUGCUGCUUUUUAAAUAAUUAGUUUCCUAGUAGAGGUGAGAGAGACUGAUUCAGGUCUCAGUAAUAGUUACAAAAAAAAAUAGGAGAAAUGUUGUGAAAUGAUGCCUUUUGUCUGAACGGUUAUUCAGAGGUUGGAAGGAAAGACAUGCAGAACAAUUGUAACAAACAAUAAAGUUUACACUUCUGUUAAA